UUGCAGAAGAGCUGCAGAAAUACUAUUACCCAAUGACUGUCUCAGGAGUAAUGACCUGCGUGUCUAACUGCAGCAGCUUCAAUAACCAUUAUAUUGACUGCACCAAAGGACGCUGCUCAUUGACUACUGGAGGACCAGUGUGCUUCUGUGGGAGCUCUGAACAGUUUUGGUAUACAGGAGAUAGAUGUCAGACGCAUAUCAGCAAGCCUGGCGUGUACGGAGGAGUCUCUGCCGCUGUCUUUGUGCUUCUAGGGGUUGUUAGCUUCCUGGCUUUUCUCUCAUACAGAAGGCGAAAGAAAGGCUACAAAGAGAAAUUGAUAGACAAUGAGAAGCACUGGUACGAGGAUGGUUGGGAAGGAGAUGGCGUGGAUAAUGCGAGCAUACGGAACCCAGACUCAUCCAGUCACAACGGGUCUCAUGGCUUUAAUUCCAAUCAAGAAAAUUUCCGCCCAGCUUUGGAUAAAGUGGAUACAGAUAUUAAGAUGACAAUAUCAAGGCCUCAUUUGACUCAAAGCUAUCUGAACUGAGAGAAAAUCAGAUGAAGACAAAUCUUCUAUUACCAGGAGCAUAAGAACAUAGAUGAGCAACUGCAAGUCCAAAAUUAGCACUUUGUGUAUCUACUAGAUAAUUAAUAUUGAUUCUGUGUGACCUGGGAGGGAUGCAGGAGAGGGGAAUGAGAAAACUCUCAUAGAACCAGAUUUUUUUAUUAUAGACUUGUUCAACCAAUCAGAAAUAUCAACCCAGCACAUGGAAGAAGAAGUUUGUUAUUAUAAUUCCAAGAGGAAUGCUACUUAUAAGACAUUCCAUUGACGAGUUCUCUAAUUGGUUGAGCCUGUAACCAUAGUUACAAGUAACCAGUCCCGAUCCCCUUUAAUUUUUUUAUUAUUCUAUUUCCCAAAUCAGCAAGUUAUGUUAUUUUCUUAAUUACAGAUUUUUGUAAAGAGAGUUCACAAAUAUUAUGAAAAUAUAAUUGCACUGAUAAAUGAAAGUUUUUAAUUUUCAAAUGUUUUCUUGUUCAUUUAUAUAUUUAACUAUUUAUUUUCAAUACUAUAUUGUGCUGGCAACAGAUCCUUGUUGUAUAUCUCAAAAGUGGUCUUGUAGACCUUAAUAAAUGAGGGGAUGUCAAAAAAUGACACAAAACUUUAUUUUCAAGGGUGGAAGCCAUCAUUAGUUGGUGUCUAUAUUUUAUUCUACAUGACUUUGAUUUUACUAAACAGACAUUUAACAUAUAUUGCAAAGAUUUUGAGGAAAACCUUUUUUUGCCUCCCUAGGGAGUGUGGCACAAGCAGAUUUUUUUUACACAAAAGCAAGAGCUAUGUACUGUACCUAGAAAAUACCAUUUACCUGUCUACUUUUCCUGGGUAGAGCAAAGGGUAUGUAAAAAAGGGGACUCACUUUAAUUGGGGGUUUCUUCCAUAAAGAUAGACAGAUAAAAGAUAAAUGACAGAUCUAUCUAUUUAAUUAUAUUUCUAUCAAUGUGUCUGUAUAUCUAUUUAUCGAAUCUAUAAUCUAUCAAUUUGAUACAUAUCUACGUAUGAUUUUUUUAAAAUUCUAAUUGAUAUAUAAUGUGUGAACCUCAUUAAUAUCUAACAUCUAUCUGUGUCUGAGCAUUUUCCUACAGCUAGUUGUAAGCUGAACAUUUAAAUAAAACUGAGUGCAUAGCUCACUUUUCAUUUUUUUGUUUUUUGUUUGUUUAUUUUUUUAAUAUUUUUUUGUGUCUUUCCCAAGAAGCCUUAAUGGUAGGGUGACCAUAUUGCCGCUUUAAAAAGGGACACAUAUGAAAAAUACAGGGUUCUUAUACAACACAUUUCUUCAAACAGCCCUGAAAAGAACCCUGACAUAUGUAUUUUUCAUAUGUGUCCCUUUUUAAAGCGGCAAUAUGGUCACCCUACUUAAUGGACAUUAGUCGUCAACACUUUGCCCUUUUUUUUUGGUAAAAAUUGUCCAACACUCCCUAGAAAGCGACAAAUCCAAUUAUGUAACCUGCAAAUUCUACAAAUAAAAUAGCUGGUUUAUACAAUUUGUAGUAUUUUGUAAUCCUAGGUUACAGAUUUUGUUUUUUGGCCUCACUAGGGAGUGUGGAAUAAAGUCAAAUUUUUACACAAAAGUGAGGGACGUGUAAUGUCUCGUUUAGUGUCUUUGCACAUAUUCUUUCAUGCUGGGUAUACAAUACUAUCUAGAUCUUUUUUAUAUAUUUGUAUACAUAUAGGAACAGUUAAUUAUUAAGUUUUUUCAUGCCAUUGUCAAUGAACUGAUAUUGAAGAAUAAUAAAAAUCUUUGAAUUUGGGAUUGCUAAGAAUUAACUAGAAAUCAAACUGAGAAUCUGCCCAUAGCUAUUAGCGCCAUCUUGAAUUGUUUAUAGAGAUUGGGCAUACAAUACUAGACAAUUGUUUUUAAUGGGUAAGCACAUAUGAACA